AUGAUUUUGCUGCAUGAUUUAAAAGAUUUAAACAAGGAUAAAAUAUCUUCCAGUUUAAAGAGCUACCUUGGUCAGAAAACCUAUCUACAAUGGCCAAAAGAUUCCUCCCAAAACCCUGCUUUUUGGUUGAGAUUAAAAGAGGCUCUAGAUUUCGGUGAUGUGCAAAAUGGCAAUGGAGGCAUAAGUCGGAAUGGUGCCAAUGAAAAUAUGAUACAGGACAACACCAAUGAAGGCAUCAGGCAGGAUGGUGCCAGUGAAUGUGGAAGAUGGAAUGAUGUCCAAAAUGGCAAUGAAGGCGUAACUCUGGAUGGUGCCAAUGGUGCCAAUGAUGCGAUACAGGACAACACCAAUGAAGGCAUCAGGCAGGAUGGUGCCAGUGAAUGUGGAAGAUGGAAUGAUGUCCAAAAUGGCAAUGAAGGCGUAACUCUGGAUGGUGUCAAUGAUGCGAUACAGGACAACACCAAUGAAGGCAUCAGGCAGGAUGGUGCCAAUGAAUGUGGAAGAUGGAAUGAUGUGCAAAAUGGCAAUAAAGGCGUAACUCUGGAUGGUGCCAAUGAAGAUGCGACACAGGACAAUAUCAAUGAAUGCAUCAGGCAGGAUUGUACCAAUGAGUGUGCUAGAUGGGAUGAUCCCAAUGAGAGUGGUACCAAUGAUGGAGCCAAAUGGGAUGGUACUCAUGAAGCUAUCCAACAAGAUGGCACUAGAAGGAAAGGUACCAAUAAUGACAUUGUAAAGGAUGAUAUUGAUUUACCAAUUGUCCAUAUGGAUUGGGAUGGGAUCAGUGCUGAUGAAGAGUUCAUCAAACUUAACAUUGAUGCCAUGAAUGAUGCAUGUGACACAUAUCCUAAUGAUGAUUGUGACAGUACACCAUUGCUUCAAUAUUGUACCUAGACUUAUUCUGAUGAUGA